AUGGAAAUGCUUGCCUGCUUUAUCUCUCAUAGAGUUUCCCAAGGUUUGUGGAACCCGGUAGCGGUUUCUACGAACGGACCACGACUCUCUCAUUUGAUGUUUGCAGAUGAUCUUUUGCUUUUCUGUAAGGCAUCGAAAGCUCAAGUAAUAGAGGUUAUGCAUUGCCUGGACUUGUUUUCUAGAGCGUCAGGUUUGAAGUUCUUGUGGAAAGGCCAAGUGACCGGCAAAGGGCUGCUUCUGGUCAGGUGGGAGGUCGCCAUAACUCCUAAAAGGGCGGGAGGAUUCGGUAUUAGGGAUACUACCUGUGCUAACAUGGCACUUCUGGGAAAGUUGGCAUGGGAUUGUCUAAAUAAUAGUGACAAGUUGUGGGUGCAGGUUCUGAAGCAUAAAUAUCUCAGGAAUCAAUUUGGUAUGAACGAAAACAGUAGAAAUUCUUUAUCGGCUACCUGGAAGAACAUUGUUAGUGCCUAUGAGCAUCUCAAGGAAGGGCUUCAUUGGAAUAUUGGGGAUGUCCACAAAUCAGUUUGGUAUGAUGAGUGGACUCCUUUUGGUAAGCUUUGCAACCUUGUUCCUUAUGUACAUAUUUCUGAAUCAGAUUUCAUAGUGGCUGACUUGUGGAAAGGGGUGUCUUGGGAGGUUGAUAGUCUUACCACGCCUAUUCCGCAUGAGAUUAAGCAGUUUUUUUGUGAUAAGUUCAAAUUUACUAUGUGGCUUGGCUUACAUGAUGCUCUACCAACUGAGACCUUUCAAUUCAAGCGGCAUUUAGCUUCUUCAGAUAUGUGUAAGAGAUGUAACAAGGCGCAGGAGACUAUGGAGCAUUGCCUUAGAGACUGUGAACGAUCAAAGGCAAUUUGGCAUAUGUUGGAUCCUAGUAUCCUGGACUCGACAGCUGGUACUGCUCUUGAAGAGUGA